AUGGCCGCAUCCUUCGUCAACGCCUCCUGUUUCGCUCGAAUACCCAUUAAUGCUUACUCAUCUGGACUUGAGUCGAGCUGUAUUUGCAGAUCGAAGCCUUUUAGUGAAAAUAAUGAAUGGCUGUUCACAGCUGCAGGUAAGAUUGCUUGGAAAGAUUUCUUUGAAAUAGGUUUCACUUUUUGGGACGGAGAACAUUAUUCUUUCCAAGGUAAUAUUGAAGUACAUUGGCUUUUACAGGCGUUAUCAAUGGAAGGGCAGGAUAUGGGUCAGGACGCGCCCACAAUUUGUUUUGCAAUUAGCUGUAAUCCUGCUCUAACUCGCCUUGAUCUUUCAAUGACAAUGGGAAUAAAUGCUGCUUGCGCGCGGCUAAUAUCUAAAGGCUGUGUAAUUCUUCAACAUUUCAAUCUCUCAUGGAGCAGCUUGGACCAAGAGGCAGUGCUCGCUUUCUGCUCAAAUUUACCGUCCACGGUGACAAGGUUGAAUAUGGCAGGAACCUUGAACAAAUCGGCUCUCGAUGACAAUGCGGUAGAGCGGCUUACCGCAUCUUGUCCGAAUUUAAAGGAGUUGGAUUUGUCUGAUAACAUUGUCGUGACAGAAAGAGGUCUUCAAGCCCUCAACUCUCUGCCUCAAUUAGAAUCGCUAUCUCUAAAUAGAUGCUAUGGAAUACCUCCGAUGAAUUUUUUGCUCUGUGGUCAUCUAUGCGUUUUAAAUGUCUUUGGAUGUAUCACAGAUUCAGGGUUGAUAGCUUUGAGGAAUGGGCUGGCAGAUACCGAGGUGAAUGGUAACGUUUUCAACUACAUCGCGAAGCCAACUGUUCCGCCUGCUGUAACCAGCAUAUGGGGACAGCGUACAAAAGAUUUUUACUAA